UGCUCACCUCAGCGAGGUCAUGGAGCACAGCGCCGCCACUCACUCUGGUUGAAACUACGAUCGGCCGAGGAUUUGCCGGAAUGAACAAGACCCAUUUGGCUCUUUCGCCCCCACAAGACAGGCUGCCAUAGAUACGAGUAAAUCCUCCGGGGACGUGGAUCCUGGCGGUAAAGAUUUUUUUAGACACCUUGGACGACAUUUCACUCGUCAAAACACUAAACGCGCCGGUUGAAACUGACCCCCUCUCAAUGUGGCCGACGUAAUGCUUCUCCUCCCAUCAGCUUGCUGGCAAUUAGCUGGUCAAUAGCCAGCUAACUUUAGCCUCGCCAGGGCCCGAAAUCUGCUGCUUUUUUUUCUCACAUUGUGACUGUUCAAGGAGCAGUAUGGACUUUCCGAGCCACUUUGAGCAGAUCUUCCAGCAGCUCAACUAUCAGAGGCUGCACGGUCAGCUGUGUGAUUGUGUCAUUGUGGUGGGUAGUCGACACUUCAAGGCACAUCGCUCUGUGCUGGCGGCCUGCAGCACCCACUUUAGAGCGUUGUUCACGGUUGCAGAGGGAGAUGCCAGCAUGAAUAUGAUCCAGCUGGACAGCGAGGUGGUGACAGCGGAGGCAUUUGCUUCCCUAGUGGAUAUGAUGUACACAUCCACCCUAAUGUUGGGAGAGAGCAACGUGAUGGACAUUCUGCUCGCCGCCUCCCAUCUGCACCUCAACAAUGUGGUCAAAGCCUGCAAACACUACCUUACCACACGAACCCUGCCCAUGUCCCCAUCGUGUGACAGACCCCCACCUCACCACCAACAGGAACAGCAGAGGCACAGGCAGCAGGUAGCAGACUUGGUGAACCCCACUCUAGACACCAAUGCUAACCUUGACACAAAUUCCGCCACCUCAAAGUUGCAGCGCUCUUUCUUGCUACAGCAGCUCGGCCUCAGCUUGGUGAGUUCUGCUUUAGGGGGGAUUGAGGAUGGCAGAGUGGUGGAACAAAGAGCCUCGUUCCCUGCACGACGCUUCCACAAGCGCAAAGCCUCCCCAGGCCUAUCAGAGGAAAGGCCCAGACAGAGGCAGCGCCCCUCUGCCCCGAACAUAGGGUUACUUUCAGAAGAGGGCAUGAGCACAGACCGAGAGGAAGGAGCGCUUCUUUCGCCAGAUUCCCACAAGAUGGGGGAUGACGCCAAACUGGAUGCAGGCAUACUCUGUGCCCCUCAGGACGAUCCUCAGAUGCCGAGCCAGUCAGAUAGUGGGCGGUGUGAGGGGAACGACAUGGGGAUAAUGCAGGGUGGGGUGGGCAAGGAGGAGGACAUGGAGGACGGAGACCACCCAAGCAACAAACUGAAGAUCAAAUCAGGAAGUGAGGAGGAGGAGGGGGCAGAAGAACCAGAACAGAAGGUGCUGGUCAAACAAGAGCCACUGAGCUCACCCGAGCCCGCAGAUGAAAUUAGUGAUGUGACAUCCCAGGCGGAAGGCAGUGACCCGGCCGAGCCAGCGAGCCAGGAGGAAGAGGAAAAGGUGAAGCUGAGUCCCGAGAGCAGUGACCGCAGCUUCACCUCAGAACCACAGCCCAGCUCUAGUUCGCUGAUGCAGUCAGGCUCCCAGCUUCUCCUCAAGAGCAGCCUGGGAGGAGGUAGGGGUGGUUUUGGGUGUAGUAACACGCUGAACAGCAAACCAGAUUUCAGUAUCUCUAGUUUCCUUGGCCCAAAGAAUUUUGGGGGUGGUGAUGCUAGUUUGAUCGGUGGAGAGGAUGACCUUCCCAACACCACCACUGGUGAGGCUGUUGCUCAUAACUACCUGUUGAGGCAGGAAGCUUCUGGACCAUCCGCUCCUGCCCCGUCCUCUUUGCUACAUUCCAGUGCACUCAGCAGUGGAGGUUGUACCCGUUUUGGAAAUAACUUACAGGCCGAUUCCCUCUUCCUUCGCCCCCUUCAUGACGGUUAUGGGAACCCAAGAGGAACUGGGGGGAGUGAAGGGCAUGGAGGGGUUGAUCCAUUUGGUUUGGACUUCCAGCGCUCCAGCCUGGGGCUACACUCCCUGGGGCGACCCCCACGAGGUGCUAGUGGAGCCACCCCCACCGUUCUGGGUUACCCCGGAUAUAGGCGCAUCGCCCCAAAGAUGACAAACAACAUGGGGAGGGGAGAGGGCGGCGCACUCCAGGAUCCCGCCUCUUCCUCGUCCAGCCUGGCGAGCCCCAUGCUCCUUAAUGAGACUUCUGGGUACGACAUGGCUGGCGGCAGGCCCACCUCCCUCCCGCCUCAACUGACACGCGCCUCAGCAGACGUGCUGUCCAAGUGCAAGAAGGCUUUGUCGGAGCACAACGUCUUGGUGGUAGAGGGCGCUCGCAAAUACGCAUGUAAGAUCUGCUGUAAAACCUUCCUGACGCUGACUGACUGCAAGAAACACAUCCGAGUGCACACGGGAGAGAAACCUUACGCGUGCCUCAAGUGCGGCAAGCGUUUCAGCCAGUCGUCACACCUCUACAAGCAUUCAAAGACCACCUGUCUUCGCUGGCAGAACACCAAUAUGUCCAAUGCUCUACUCUAGAGCUCUUGUUGGUCCCAAGAAGGAUGCUUGAAGUCAGUCUUGAUCACAGCGCGAAAAGCAUAGUCGUUAUGUUGUCCAUCACCUUGUGGACGGUUGUCCCGAACAAAGUUAAAGAAAGAUGUGAUAAUGUCAAAACAGGACUGAUAAAAUGUCAUGAUUAUUGGCCUAUUAAGUCACAUAGUUAGACAAUGUAUCUCCCUGUGCAUUACGAAGCCAAGUAUUACAUACUGCCCAGAGAAGAUACGUUAAAAUCAACUGAAUUCCAAGUGCCAAGAGACACACUUUCAGCUUUGACUUUUCAGUCCACUAAUGGGACUUUUAGCCACCAGAGAAGCGCACUUGUCCAGUAAAGGUAUGUACUGUAGUUUAGGAAUUAUCACAUUCCACUGGAAAAUCCAAGCGCACCUUAAUUUGCAGUCACAAGUAUGACUAGCCUUAAUUGUUACUGAUUGGGAUUGAAAGAGCAAUUUUUCUGCGCUGUGUGUAAUAAAACUGCCAUUCAGCAAGAUUUCUGAAAUGUAAUUAUCAAGCAUUUGUUAGUCAAUGUAUAAUUCUUUUCUGAUAGAAAGUUAAGGGUAUGUGUAAAUGUUCACUUGGCUUCAUUUCAGUGCUUUUAAACGUGUCUAAUGCAUCUCACAUUGUGCACGUGUUACAAAGACAAAUCAUUACAUUUAUAGUCAAUAACAGUGAUUGUGAAUGUCUCCUUUUAAUUACGGCCGUUAAGGUGGGCAGUUUUGUUGCGUUCGUCUGCCUGCUUUUGUGACCUUAUAUGAAAAAAAAGAGGGAGAAUCAUUGACUUUUCAGAUUUAUUUUACAGUAUUUGAACCAAUUAUAAGUGUGAACAUACCUGCCUGUGACUUGUUGACUAAUUGUCCAAUGCUUGUUGUUUCUUAUCCAUCAUUAAAAUCACAGAACCUUAUUAAACAUGGCAGGGUUCUGCUAGGUUGUAAAUCGGAGCAGACUUGUUGUUGAAUAGAAAUCAUAUUUAGUCAGUGUUACAUAAGUGAACUGAAAUGGAGUUUAAAAAAAAUAGUCGAUUAAAACAAAAAUUAUUGCUUUUUUUUUUUUUUCAGGUAUCACUGAACGCUCUGUGAGAAUCUCAAUCAUUCCUAUUGUGCACCUUAUU